AUGUCGAGCUCGGGAGGGGUGAUCAAAGUACUCAAAAACAUUACCAAGACGAAAGCGAGCGCUCUGCCACCGUGCACGUGCACGUGCUCCGCACUCGGAUCCCGGCUCGCUCGUCUGGAUCAUCGCCUCCCAAGUUCUGUCACCCCACUUGGUAGCAACGCAUCAUCCGUGCGGCACUACUCCCUUUCGGGGUCAGAUACACCUACAUCAUCAAACUCCAAAGAAAGCUCGCCACCACCAAAUCGCAAGUCUCGAUCGACCGUCUUGGCCUACCUCGCUCUCCCCUCUCUUCUCGGCGCUUUCGCAUUCCAACACUUCUCCCCGACCGACGACUCCAAACGGCCUUUAUCCCCGGACUAUUUCAUCCCUUUGAAGAUCAACAAGGUCACUCGGUUGAAUCACGACAAUACCCUUAUCGGGUUGGAUCUGCCUGAUUCGCUUUCGCCGAGACAAUAUAUCGCCGCGCAGGGUUCUCGCGGAGACGAGGACCCGUGGCGGAUACAUAGCAUCUUUGUCAAGCAACCGGAGCUACAGAUUCAACGGCCUUACACAGUCAGCAAAUUCCCCUUCUUUUUUGAGAAUCUGAACCCUUUUGACUCACUGCCUGCGGCUCUCCUUCUUUCUCAUAGCCCCUAAACAUCUCCUUCCUCAACCCUCUCCCGUCCGAAAGCUCCCCAUCCACAACUAUUCAACUCCUCAUCAAACGUUACGACGACGGUGAAGUCUCUCGCUAUCUCCAUCGACUCGGUCCGGGUGAUCAAGUACAGAUUCGAGGGCCGAUGUUGACGGCGGAUUUGCCGAAAGUGGACAGGAUCGUUUUUGUAAAUGUUUUCGGCUUACCCUUUCAGCAGCUGGCCUGGACUCUUCACUGAUGAUUAACGAGCCUUAUCGUGAUUGGAUUAAAUAGAUCGCCGGUGGAACAGGUAUAACCCCAGCCCACCAAAUCAUCACUUCAUUCCUUCGUCACCCCACCGCCAACCCACCUUCCAUCUCGAUCCUCUACGCCGCGCAAGAACCCGUUUUGGCUUCUUCCUUGGAACAGCUCGAGAAGGACGCAAACUUCCCCGUGGAUCUCAAGGUGUUUUCUGAAAUGACCAGCUCUUCGAGGAUCACGGAACAGGUCUUGCAAAAGGAGCUAGGACGGGCGAAGGAUGGAGGAGAGAAUUGCUUGGUGGUCGUUUGCGGGCCAGAGAGGUGGGUUUUCACUCCUUUUUCACGCAGCGGAAUGAAGAGGCUCUUUGUCCUGACUUAUUUCCACGACCUCCCCCCUCAUGAUGUUAUAGUAUGAUAACUGACCUCGCAGGACCUCGAGCUCGGGAUCUUUCCCCCGGGCCGAUUGGAGGCGUCUUGGGCAAGCUAGGGUAUACCUCCAGCCAAGUUCUAAAGUUAUAG